GAAUGGGAGCUGGUGGUGCUGGGGAAGUUGAAGUGGAACCUCGCAGCCGUCACCCCGCACGAUUUCAUUGAACACAUCCUAAGGAAGCUGCCUCUACCUAAAGACAAGUUGCUUUUGAUCCGGAAGCAUGCACAAACGUUCAUUGCCCUUUGUGCCACAGAUUUUAACUUUGCCAUGUACCCACCGUCAAUGAUAGCAACUGGAAGUGUGGGGGCAGCCAUCUGUGGCCUUCAGCUCGAUGACGGGGACAGCCUCACGGACCUCCUGGCCAAGAUCACGAACACAGAUGUGGACUGCCUUAAAGCUUGUCAAGAACAGAUCGAGGCGGUGCUAGUAAACAGCCUUAGGCAAGUCCGGCAGCAGCAACAGCAAAGCAAUCCUUCUAAGACGGUGGAUGAACUGGACCAGGCCAGCACUCCCACAGAUGUGAGAGAUAUCAACCUGUGAGGACAUCGGCACACAAAGUCACACUUGCUCCCCCAGCCCUUUUAUUUUUGUUAUUAUUUUUAGAGUGAUUUUUUUUAUCUGCUCCCUCAUAGAACGUAUUUAAAGCUCUUUUAGUUAAAAAAAAAUACAAAAACUGAAUAAUGAAAAAAAAAAAGCAUUUGGUGCCUGUGAUGUUCUACAGAAGGGAAUCCCACAAUAUAUUUGGUAAUUGCUAUUUGAUUAUGUAUCAGUGAUAUUAAAUGCUUAUAAAAGCAUACAAAGUAGCUAGAUAAAUGUAAGCCUGCAUUUGUGGGAACAAAGUAGAGUAUACUUGUCUGUGUAUUAUGACCUAGUGCAUACACCCCUUUUUUAGAUUUAAGAAAGGAAUUGUGUGUGCGAUUUUAUGGCUUGACUAGAUUGCAAAGCAAUAGAAUAAGGGGUUUAGGGCAAAGUGGGAAAAGAUCCCUGAAGCAAUUGAACCAUUUUGAAUGCAGAAGAGAUUUGCUGAUCUGUCACCUCUGUUAUUAGUCAGAAGUGUUUGUUGGAUCUCUGUAUGUUAGUUUUGUUUACUCUUGCUGUCUGUGGUAGCUGCUACCUAAGAAAGAAGAUGCUUUAUUUUGCCAGCCGGAAGAGCAGGUGGUUUUUUUGGUGUUUUUGUUUGUUUGUUUGUUUUGAUUUGUUUUGGGUUUGGUUGGUUUUUUUUUUCAAAAUCCCCUCUCCCCACUUGACUUUUUCUACUUUUCCUUCAGAAAUGGUUCAUUCUAAACACAGCAGCAUCUUUGGCAUAAGGGCAAUUCUGUUUACCCAACUGUGGGCCAAGCCAAAGUUACCAAGUGUUCAAUGUUAGAUGGGGGAAAUGCACCAAUUAAUUCCGACCAGUUGGCUAAUCAGACCACCUCCGACCUUUGGAUUGCAAGAUGCGGUGGAUCAUCUGUGAAAAGCAUUAUAUUCCUUUACAGUGCUAAUGCUUCAUGUCAUUGUUAACUUUUGGCAGCUCCUUAGCUUGGCCGUAAAGACAUUUAAAUGAUGCUCUGUCCAUCUUCCUUUUUAACAUAUCCUCACUGUGUUAAAGAAGAUGAGAUUUGGUUUGAUCCUUCUUCUACCUACCCAUCUUCCCCCACCAGCCCCACACACUUUGUCAGCAUUUCAUUAACUUUAUUGAUUCACAGUGAGCGUUUUUAUAAACCAUUUCAUUCGAAAAGCACUUUGAAAAUUGUUCCUAAGGGAUUAAAUGAGAUGGUUUAUGACAAUUUUGCCAAGCAAAAAAAAAAAAAAAGAAAAAAAAAGAAAAAAAAUAAAAGAAAAAGAAGAAGUCACAAAAGCAAAGCAUAUAGCUUUUUAUAGUCACUAUUUUCCAGUAUCUGGUGUACUUGGUUAGCUGAGGUGUUGCUGGAAAUACCAACACCUGCUUCAGAUGACAUUCCUGUCAUGACAUUCCGGAUAAAGGCCUGCCGAUUUGUAUUGUUCAGUGUCACGGAAGGAUCUUAAUACCACCUGCAUGCUUAUCUAUGGACAACGAAAGAAAAUUGCUGGUGCAAAAGACACGAGUGGGAAACAUCAAGGUGUGUGACUUGGAGUUUUAUUGCAAAGGUGUAUUCAGUGUACUUGAAUUUAUUUUUCUGCUCCAUCUGUAACGAAGAGGCAUUUAGAUGGCAAAGGAGUUGGAGCAACUUUUUUUUUUUUUUUUUGCACAAUUGUAUUAACAGUUUGCAAAUAUACAGUAUGAAGCUGUUGGUUGAAAUGUUAAUGUUUGCAUUUUUAAGACAAAAAUCCAGAAAGAACAUGCUACUUCGAAGAAUAUUAUAUGAAUGGACUCAGCCGUAUUUGGCUAGAUGAGGGUAGAAAAUGGAGUAAGAUUCUAAGGUUUUGUUGUUUUUUUGGUUUUGGGGGGUUUUUUGGUUUUGUUUUUUUUUUUUUUGCGCUGCUAAGAAGCUAUGAUUUGUUUCAUUCUUAUUCACAUUAACAGUACUUAGCUGUAUUGUUUCACUGAGUGUGCUGCUAUUUUAUAAACAUUUUUAUAAUAUAUUAUUUUACUGCUUAAAUUUCAAAUCCUGAAGUAGAUGGUUAAGUGGAGAUAUGAUGAGUUCUUUGAUUUACUGGAAAUGCCCUGUACAGGUUUUUUUUUUCCUAAUAGCGUGUUCAUGAUUAUUUUUUUUAUUUUAUUUUAUUUUUUCCUUCUUUCUUUUUUUUUUUUUUCCUCCUUCCUGAUCACAUCCUGCAAAGACGGUAUACUUACCUCAGGUUUACUGGACAAAACAGAAAUGGUUCCCAUUUUCACAAUACCUCACAACGCGACAGUUUGGUUCUUCCCCGGGGCCCACGCUCCGGCCGCGCCGGGGAGAGGUUGCAGGCAGCCGGGGUGCUGGCUCCCUUUUGGUCUUUGGUAUCCUUUUCAUAGUGGAAAAAAUGCAUUGACUCUCCACUGACGGCUUCGCCGGAGCAGGUCCGUGUUUCCCAAAUCCGGUGGUGGGGGCAGUGUUGUUCUCACCACCGUCACCUCCCACCUUGAUGUUCCACGUUGGGAGCACCUGAAGUUCAGCCAUGGUGUCAUGGUGUCUCUCCUGGAG